AUGGAGAUGAUCGUAAAGCGAUUAACUUUAACUGAUCGCAUUCGAAUGAUUAGUGUUUGCAAGCCCUGGAGAGUGCUUCUUAUGAACCAAGAAAUCCGAAAACCAGUUGAGAUUCCAUGGCUAAUGCUUCCCCAACGCCAACUUGGUAAUCACGUAAGUUUUUAUAACAUGAAUGAUGAAAGAGUUUAUAACCUGAAAUUGCCAGAGUUUGCACAUAGAGGGUGGUGUUGUGGAUCUUCCAAAGGUUGGUUGGUCAUGAUCACGGGAUCAAAAUUCAACCUGAAUCUUUUUUUAUUAAAUCCAAUUACUGGAGCCCAACUUCGACUUCCUUCCCUUUUGACUAUCCCAUCUUUCAAAAAAUUUGUGGAUCAUCAAUUACCAAAGUUCCGCACUUUCAUUAACAUGAUUGAAAUUUCUUCUGUUAAUGCUGAAGAAUGUAUAGUUGCAAUAAUAUGUAAUGACUGCAAGGCAUUGGUAUUGAGUCGACCAGGGGAGAAAAGAUGGAACAUCUUCCAUGGUGAUAAUCAAAUCUACGAGGACAUAUCAUUUCGUAACAAUGUGUUUGAUGUCUCAAUUUCAGGCGAAGAGAGUCGUGCUGCAAUUUGCACAAUUAAAUUGACAGAUUGUGAAGUGAUAUUGAGAUUGAUCCCGUUCCUUCACAUGGGUUAUCUAGAUGUGACUGAAAUUGCGAUCUCCGAGCUUGAGCACUUGAGGGUUUUCGAGAAAAUAGCUGCACAAAAAUAUUUAGUAGAGUCCGACAGUGAAUUAUUGAUUGUUCAUCGGAUCAAAGAUUAUUUUGCAUUGAAGGAUGAUUACUGGAAUCACCAUGAAGAUAACCCCAAGCUCUUUAGAUACAGCCAGACAAAUGGAUUUCAAGUAUACAAGAACAAUCCUAACAAAGGUCAUUGUGAUAGGUUAAACAAUUUAGGUGAUCAUAGAGUAUUGCUUUUGGCAAACAGCAAUUCAUUAUCGUUAUCGGGCAAAGAAUACAAUGAGAUCCAUGGAAACUGCAUGUAUAUUGCAUCGUUGUAUUUUCCAACCUUUGACGGGCAUGAUCCAAUUGUGUGUCAUGAAUCCGGUGCGUUCUACCUAGAAGAAGGAAGGAUUCGACGUCCAAUUCCGAGUCUUCAGUUUGGAGAAGAGAUGUUAUGGUUUACACCAAAUUUAUAG